AUGGUUAAAAUGGCGGGCGUCGAUGGCCAGUUCGGCCCCGGGAUGAGCGCGGCGGUAAGCAGCGGUUUGGCGGAGGAUGGCCAGUGGGCGGCCCGGGCUCGAUUUGGGGGCGGGGUGUGGACCGCGGAUGUGGAGGACGGGCUCCGAGCGGAAACACCAAGAACAGCACCCAAUUCAAGCCCAUCUCUUCUAACCCCUGUUAGAAGAGAGGCCGCCUCCGGGCCCCCCACCCCGCCCUCCAGAGCCGCGCCCCGCGCUCUGGCGGCAGGGGCGCCCGUGCCCAGGAAGGCCACCAUCACACACCCGGGGAAGGCGAUCCUGGCAGGCGACAUCGAAAUCUGCAUCACCUUCCCCACCGAGUACGUGAAGACGCAGCUGCAGCUGGACAAGCGCUUGCACCCGCCGCGCUACCAGGGCAUCGGGGACUGCGUGCAGCGGACGGUCCACAACCAUGGCGUCCCGGGCCUGUACCGCGGCCUCAUCUCCCUGCUUUACGGCUCCAUCCCGAAGGCGGCUGUCCGGCUCGGGAUGUUCGAGUUUCUCAGCAACCACAUGCGGGACGCCCAGGGACGGCUAGACAGCACGCGCGGGCUGCAGUGCGGCCUGGGUGCCGGUGUGGCAGAUGCCGUGGUGGUCGUGUGUCCCAUGGAGACCAUCAAGGUAAAGUUCAUCCAUGACCAGACCUCCCCCAGCCCCAAAUACAGAGGAUUCUUCCACGGGGUCAGGGAGAUCGUUUGGGAACGAGGGCUGAAGGGGACGUACCAGGGCCUCGUGGCCACCGUGCUGAAGCAGGGAUCCAACCAGGCCAUUCUCUUCUUCGUCGUGACCUCCUUGUGCAACUGGUACCAAGGGGACAACCCCAACAAGCCCAUGAACCCUCUGAUCACUGGUGUGUUUGGAGCCAUCACAGGCACAGCCAGUGUCCGUGGGAACACUCCUCUGGACAUGAUCAAGACCUGGAUGCAGGGCCUGGAGGCUCACAAGUACCGCAAAACGUGGGACCGCGGCCUGCAGAUCCUGAGGAACGAGGGGCCCAAGGCGUUCUACAAGGGCACCGUCCCCCGCCUGCGCCGGGUGUGCCUGGACGUGGCCAUCGUGUUCGUCAUCUACGACGAGGUGGUGAAGCUGCUCAACAAAGUGUGGAAGACGGACUGAGCCCCGGGGUCUGCGCAUGGGCUGCCCCCAGCGCCCCCUUCUCGCGAUUCCAGUGCAGUCGUGCCAAAAGGCCCCCUUCCCCUGUCCCUCGCAGUCCAUGGCCCAGGGCUGUCCCCUGUGGCCGUCGAGUCCAUGUGUCCCCUGUGGUCUGUAUGACACCACCAUGGUGUCCAUGUGUCCAGCUGAGACCGGGUGUUCCUCUGGCCUGUGAACCUGUGUGCACUUGUCCACGUGCUUACUCGUGUGCCUGUGUUUCAUGUUUCGUGUCCUGUGACCCUGUGCCCCACUUCCCGGGGUGCCCGUGUGGCCUGGGUCAUGGCCCCGUAGCCAUGGCCUGGCCCCAGCCCGGUGCCUUCCUCCCUGGGCAGCAGGGGCAUCGCCCCGGCCUACCACAGCUGCCUCCGGGCCUCAGCCUGGCCUCACUGCAUUCCAGGGGCUGCCUAUCCCCCCGCGUCUCCCGCCACUGGCCUUAACCAGCCCUUGGGCCCUCCCU